AUGGCAUUCUCAAAUACUUUAUCAAAUCUUACUCUUUGUAUUGUCGGGGUAUAUUUUAAAGAAACAUUUACAUUAGAAGAUGGUUUACUCGUAUUCUUUUUUGGAAAUUGUAUUUCAUCAUGGUGUAUUACAUUAUAUAUUGUUAAAAGAGAAACAAGAGUAAAAAAUAUUAUAAAACAUUUAUUAGGAAUAAGAAAUAAUAGUAUUGAAAUUUACAAUAAAAAUGUAGGAUCUAAUUAUUAUCUUGAUCCAAUUAGAAAUACAGAAACUUAUUUUGAACUUUAUCAAUUACAUUGGUAA